AACUCCACGGUGCAGAGCCUCUGGCUGGGCGACAACAUCAUCGGCGAUGCUGGGGCGACAUCGAUAGCGUCGGUCUUGCGAAACAACAGCGCGUUGCUGGAGAUCAAUCUUUGCUCGAACAGGAUCGGGGACGACGGGGCGACCGCCCUCUCGGACGCGCUGAGCGUCAACCAAACCCUGACCGAGCUGUACCUCAAUAGGAACAGCAUCGGA